CACGUAUUUGUACGAAGUGGCAUGGAGACAACCCUUGAUCGUAAACCCAUUGCCAGGGAGCAAAUGGGCCUGUUGCUCAGCCAACUAAUCAAAGCAGGAACUCUGUCUAAGGAGCAGUACUACAAAGGGCUGCAAGAGAUCCUGGAGACAGCAGAAGACAUGGCAGUAGACAUUCCAUACAUCUGGCUCUACCUGGCACAAAUUAUUGUCCCCGUGCUGCACCAGGGAAGGGUCCUGAUGGGAGAACUGUUCAGGGCGAUCUCUAAGCCUCUUGUGCCUCUGGAAAAGGCUGGUGUGCUGCUGGCUGAGAUCCUCAAGCUGCUCUGCACAGGAAUGGUAUGUGGAACACAAAUCUUAUCUUCUCACACUCGUGCCAUCACAUAACCCAUGUUUUUUGGUAAGUUUGUAUGACCGCAUAAUUUUUUAAU